UACGGCUACCUUGACACUAUUCGCGGAAGACCACGCAUGAUAUGAUGAUGAGUUAUGAUUAUGAAUGUCAAAAGUUGCACGUAUGAACUCUCUCCAACAGUUAUUGUCUCCAGUCUCAGUGUGUGACACAGCAACAAGUAGUAGUGUACCAGAAGAAUUCAGCAACCCAGCAACUUUUCCAGGCUACACCUCGGCGCCUGUCAAACACAAGCUGAGAUUGCGGUUGUUUGGGGAAGCGAAUGUGUGUAGGACCAGGAUGUUCUGCCGGCUUUUCACCAUGGAGGCGUCUACAGGGUGAUUUUUGAAGGAGACUCAUUUCUUCGUACGGCCUUCAGCAUAAAUGAUAUUUAUACGCGAUAGAAGUUGACUGAAGAACGUCUGUGAAUAAAGCAGAGCCACUCUUCAGUUCUGUUCCCUGAAAGUCGGCGUGAUGGCUCGACCAUGAAGUGUGCCCGCUGCUUGCUCCAGCUGCAGUGUCUCAGACUGGUGGGCCAGUCAGCCAGGUCUGCUGCCCAGCAUGGUGCUCUGCUCCGGUCAGCCUCCUCCAGUCAGCCUGACAUGGUACAUAACACCCAGGUGUUGAGGCGUUUCCACGGCAGCCCGGCAUGUGCCAAGAGACCCGUACCUGCAGAGUUCAUCAAUGAGGACGACAAGAAGAGGGACAAGUCUCUGGUCGCCCAUGACGACCUGUUUGAGCAAGUGGCCAAAGAGGUCAAAACCAAGGCCACGUUUAACAAAGUGGUGGACGUCUUCAUCAAGAGAGACAUCAGGCGGCGGGGUCACGUGGAGUUUAUCUACGCCGCGUUGAAGAAGAUGCCGGAGUUUGGCGUGGAGAGAGACCUGGCCGUCUACAACAAGCUGCUUGAUGUUUUCCCCAAAGAGGUGUUUGUGCCCCGGAACUUUAUCCAGCGAAUGUUCAACCACUAUCCCCGGCAGCAGGAGUGUGGAGUGCAGUUACUGGAGCAGAUGGAGAACUAUGGUAUCAUGCCCAACAUGGAGACCAAAGUCCUGCUGGUCCAGAUCUUUGGGGAGAAGGGCCACCCCAUGAGGAAGUACCAGCGCAUCAUGUACUGGUUCCCCAAAUUCAAACACAUAAACCCCUUCCCCGUCCCCCAGCAGCUGCCUGAAGACCCAGUGGACUUGGCCCGCUUCAGCCUCACUCGCAUCGCUAAUGACCUGGAUGCGAAAGUCAGCGUCUACCAGCUGCCCUCUACAGACAUUACAGAGAGAGGAGAGCAGAUCACACUGCCACAUAUAGUAGGCAUCCAGAGCCCCAGCCAGAUGGAGCUGCUGGCCCAGCACAGCCCCAACAGGCCCGUGUUUGUCGAGGGCCCCUUCCCUCUGUGGCUGAGGAAGACAUGUGUGUACUACUACGUCCUCAGGGCUGACCCCACGCCGCCUGACGAGAAGGUUGAGGAGCCCUUUGACCCAGAGAGGUGUUUGGCCUUCCCUCUGCAGCUAGACCUGGAUCUGGACCGUGACUUUGGGGACGAGGAGAGCUUUGAUGUGGAAGACUUGGAUGAGGGUCCGGUCUUUGCCAUGUGUAUGACCAGCCAGGGAGACCAGGCCGUCCUCAACCAGUGGAUCUCUGGCCUCCAGCAGAACAACCCCAUCCUGGGUCAGGUCCCCGCUCUGUUCCGCCUGGACGCCGGGCCCCGGGAGCUGCAGGGGCCGGCUGACACCGAGUCAGCCCACCACCACAGGACAGACAGGCCCCAGAGAGAGGAGAGACAGCCUGAAGAAGACGAAGAGCCAAGGAGAAGCCAGGGGGCCAAGUGGUGAACAGCAGUCAGACUGUGAAAUCCUGUCUAGUAUAUAUAGCUGAUUUAGAAGUCCAUGUCCAUGCUGGACUAGUGUGAGCUACUGGUUCAUUUAACUGGUGAACACACCAACUCAGCACAACCUGAGAAAGGAGGACUCUGAAUAAUGCUGGUAAGAUUCAGAAAUCCAAUAAAUUAAAUUAAAC